AUGCCGACCAUACUUCCACUUUGGAGCCAGACUGCUCCUCGUGACUUCGUGUCGUAUUCGAUGUGCUUCCCUUUUCAAGCCAGCGAUCAGUCGACUGCGCAAGAAACAGCCCGGACACACCUUCUCCGAUCAUUGCACCGGUUGGCUGAAACAAGACCCGAGUUUGCGGGGAACCUGCAGCUAUCCACUUCUCCAGGUCAGCCUGGUUGGCUUGUGUGGCACAAGCACCAGGCAAAGGCCGUGUCAGUCGGUCCCGGUGACCAGCCCGGCGAUGGCAUCUACGCCACCUUUGAAGACAUCUCGGCCACCUUUGAUUACGAUUAUGAUGAGUUACGGAAGCGAGGAUUCCCACCCGCUGCAUUUACACACAGUCGUUUUGCAUUGGGCAUCAACGCAAACCCAGCAGACCCUGGUGCCCAACCAAAGAACCCCACAGGCGCCGGCGGUGCCCCGAAGCGAAAAGGCGUCCCCGUACUCAUCAUCCGGACCUUCUUCAUCAAGGGGGGACUCCUGUUGCUGUCACACCUCCACCACGCCUUUGGGGAUGGCGAGUGCGUGAGAGUUCUUCUCGACUGCCUGGGGGCGGCGACGAGAGAUGUUACAGUCAAGCAUCCACCCGGCUGGACCCUGUCUCUACCUGAUAUAGUGGAGAGCAAGGCACAAGACACCUCGGGGAGAGGAGUCGGUGCUCUGGCUAGAGACUGUCCCGAGUAUCACUAUGUGGCUAACAAGAUGGUUGGUCCGACGCAGCCCGUGUUGAGGGAAGGCGGUUUCGAUAUGUCAAAGGUUCCGACGGAUGCCAAAGUAUUUGUCUUUACGGAGGACACGCUUUUGAAGCUCAGGGAAAAGCUGAGGCCUCGGAAUCGCGCCGGUGAGAUCAUCGGCCAGAUGCCAUCCAUUUAUGUGUGCAUUUCCGCACUGGCGUGGGCUCAUAUCGCGCUCGCCCGGCAUGAAACGGAAAGUCAAGAUGACGGCGUCAGUGCGGCGGGCAACGCAACUCUCAUGAACCCGGUGAACUGGAUCAAGCGCAUGAAGUCGGUUGAGGAGGCAUCAUCGGCUUCGCAAACAAACGCCCGCACGAGUGGCGUACAAAACGCAGCCAUUAAUGGCUACAUCACACCACCAGAUGAAACGCACAUCAAGGUUGACGAGUACUUUGGCAACGCCACAACAAAGUGCCUGACCACGAUACCGUCUCAAAAGCUCCUGGACGCGGCUCGCAACCGCGAACUCGGCGACCUGAGCGACCUUUCGGCCGCCAUACGGCGCAGCAUAUCUGCGGUAGAUGGAAGUUACGUCCACGCCCGCACGCGGCUGUACAAUGCCCUGACGGAUUACCGCACGCUCGGGCUCGAGGAUGACCCGCGGCUAUGGCACGAUCUCCAGGUCAACACGUGGCGACCGUUUGGGGGCGACGCCGUCUUUGACAUACCCGGGAUCGGCGGGCCUCGCAAGCCAGAGAGCAUCCGCAAGGCGCUGGUGGGCGGCAGGUGCGACUACCGCAACGCCAUCAUCCUACCGGCGGCCGAAGGUUCGACCGAACACGAGCUGUUUGUGAGCUUGCCCAAGGUCGCGCUGGAUGCCCUUUGCGGCGACCAAGGGUUCAUGAUGUGGGUCGACAGAGUGGCUGGCUGA